AUGGAAUAUGAGAUAAGAGAAUUGAACAUGAAAGCGCUGCAAGAAGAAAUUUUACGCAAAUGUAAAAAGAAAACAAAGUUUUUAGUUCCUCGUGAUGAAACAGAAGAUGAAGAACACAAAGCAGAAGAUUUGCAUGAAGAGAAAGAUAUAUUCUCAACAGAAACUGAUAAAAUUGUGGAGGAGGAAUUACCCUUUGAGGAUAUAUUGGCUGAGAAACGACGCGAAUAUACAACUAAAGAAGAGUUUAUUUAUUUAAUGUACAAUGACAUACUUCCGCUUCUCGUUACUAAAUGGGAUGGAUAUUUUUUGCGAAAAAAACUGUUCGCGAAGAAAUUGGACAAGACUGAUGCUGAAGCUAUUGAAGAAAACAGAAAGAUGGGUGACAACAUAAGCGAUGAUUCAUUCAAGAAAGAGGAAAAAGAAAAAAAGAAAAUAUCCAUUCCGUCCUGGAAACUUUCAUUACCGGAUGAAUUUGCCGAUAUAAAAUUCUAUAACAAAAAUUCUUAUUGCGGUCGCAUCAGCAGAAAAAUGAUGGAAGGCGAAGGGACAUACAGAUGGCACAAUGGUAUCCACUAUAAGGGUCAGUUUGAGCAUAAUAAGAUUCAAGGGAGAGGUUUCUUGGAGUGGAAUAACAAUUGUUGGUACGAGGGUGACUUUACGGACGGUUUUCGACACGGUAAAGGUCUCAUGGUGGACAGAGAAAAUAAUCAUAUGUACAUUGGCCGAUGGCACAUGGGCCAUAGGCACGGAAGAAAAUAA